AUGCCAGCAAAAAGACACCGAAGGCCAGCAUUCUCAGAAGCAAGCUUCUCAGAUGAGGACUGGAUUAACAGUGCCUUAAUAAGACUGGAGGCAGGAGAGCCGCUUUCCUGGGACAGUUCCCAUCGACUAAGCCAGCUCCUCAGAGACUUCACUUCAAAGGGAUACUUGAAAUGGGUGCAUUUGUUUAAUCUUAAGGCCAUUGCUAAGCACUUCAGGCAGAACUUAGAGUUAAGUCACACUGAUACAUUAAAACCAUACAAGGAUGUUUUGAGUCCAGGGCACUUAAAAGUGAUCCCGCCAAUUAGAAGAAAAGAAAAAGAGAGUUGGCUGGAGCCAUUUUCUAUCCCUAAGCCAGUGCUACCUUCAGCCACCAAGAGGACUCAAACCCCACAGGCUAAAAAUUGGCAUCUUUUAGAAGAGGCUUACAGGACUGCACGGGUACAGCGGUUAUGCAAUGCUCACAAAGAAAUGGAGCCACGACAUUUUUAUCCUUCCACAGGAGACAUUUUUACAGGUGCCCAUGCCUCUGUGUACAAACAAACUCUAGCACUAAUGUUUCAGAAAGACCUUGGGGCUUUUAGGGAUAAGGGCAGUCCCCACAAAUUGCCCAAGCUGAGGAAGAAGACACAGCCUAUCUCUAUAAAAAAGCAACAGGUGCCUCUAUGGGAGACAUUUGUGGCACUGUACCGUUUGCGGAUGCUGCAGCAGCGAUAUGCAAAAGACAGCACUGCUUGGAUGGAACAGUUCUACCAGCUCAUGGACCUGUACCAACUUAAGUCCCCCUGAAUCCAGAGGCUGUUAUUAGAGCUGCUGCAGAGAGAGGAACUCCAACCCCGAGAGACCAUCUACCAAAAGGCCCUGAGGACCAAGGAGCUGGUACAAGGUGAGUGGUUGUUCUACCACCUGUUUUGUGGCAGUUCCCAUGCUCCUGCAGUUCCCCUCAAGUUCCAGGAUGUGGUAGCCCUCCCUGAGCAGAACAAGGUGCAUACUCUCCAACCUGUGGGCAUUGCCCAGUAUGGGUUUCUUGAACUUGCUUGGAAAAGCCUACCACAAGCCAAACCUUACUGUACUGGGAGGCUGCCCAGCAUCUCCUGCUCUCUGAUUUGGCCUAAUAUUAGGACUUUGGGAUCCUACUGGAAAAUGAGCCUUGGCCACAGGUUUUAA